CAUUUGUAAAUAUUUUAAAAAGCUGAACUAAGACUGUUUGAGCGCAAAAACCGAAAAUGAGGCGAACCUAUAAAUCUAAAAAGGAAACUGGGCUGGAUCCUAGAGAUGUGAAGCAAAUUGUUGAUGCGAAGAGUUCUGUUUUCGAUGCGUUUUAUAUAGAAAACAUUAAACAGGCUAAACGCGAACUUUCUUGUUUAGGAGUAUCUAAUCAAUUUGCAGCAUCAAAUAGAGUACGCAAGAAAAAAUAUGUGAAACGACUAAAAGAACCAGAAAUUAUUAGAGAGUCUACGUCCAGGUCCACAUAUUUGACCCCGGAUAAAUCUUUACGGGUUAAUAAACCCGAAGAUUUGUUCGAUCAACUACUUCGUUCAUCCCCACCGAAAAAUUCACCAAUAUUUAAAUGUGAUCUCAAAGACAAUGAACAAAAGAAAAACAAGAAAUAUUAUAGAAAAAGAAAACAAAAAAUCAUUAAGAAAGUGAAUUAUUCCAGCUCUGAUACUUCAGAUUCAAGCAAAGAAAAUAUUGAUUUCAAUCAAUCUGAUAUUAAAUCAUAUAAACUACACAUAGAGAAAGAGUUGAAUAGCUCAAAAAGUUGCAAUGACUCUAUUGAAGACAUUGAUGGAAAUCUAUCAAUGUUUAAUAACCCUGACUUUGAAAAGGACAAACUCUUAUCAUUCACACCCAAUAGAAAAAUAAGCCAACUAAGAAGCUCAGAAGUGGGCACAUCACCAUUUUGUAGCACACCAUUUCAUGAAAAAUAUAGAGGGAAAUCUAUUUACAAAUAUUCACCUAUCACUAUUAAUUCAAAUCAUAAUUUAACAAACAUAAUAGAAAACAGAACUAGUGAUGUUUAUGAAAAUAUUGAGCAAAAUAACAGAUCUACUCCAGUAAGACAUGUUAGUAAAGAAAUAAAUGCAGCAGUAGAUGGUUUAAAACAUUUAAAAUCAGAUGAUCCUUGUAUUGCUGUUAUUGAUUUCUCCAAAAAUGAUAGCAAUGUUACUAAAUCUAAAGAAGGCGAGAUUAUUGCAACAAACUCGUUAGAAACAUCACAACCGCAAGAUGCUAGUGUCCUACAAGUCUCAGAAAAUGACAAAUUUCUUGGUUUCUCAAAUGUGAAUAAGACUGCCGAAAUGGAAGUAUUAAAUAAAUACAAGGAAAUAAAUGAUCAACUUACUAUGAACUGCUCUAUGACUUAUACUGAUGAUGAAUUACCUAGUGAACCUUUCUUGGGCUUCUCAAAUGAUAAACAAAAUAUUGAGAAUGAAAUGGAAACCAUUACAUCCAACAGUGAUUUAGAUAAUACACAAAAAGCGGAAUCUGGAUCUUUAUAUGAUACAUGUAGUGAAAAUGAGUCAAUAGAGAAUAAUACUGUAACAAACAAAGAACCAAUUGUUAAGAUUCAAAGACUGAGCCAAUCUAUUCUAGAGAAGUACUUAAAUAAAAACCAAAAAUCUGACGCAGAAUUUGAUUUUAAUGACAGCAUUUCUACUGAUAAUUAUGCCAGCUUUACUUCAGAUACAACUAAUAAAUCAUCUGAAAUUAAUGAAGAUAGGGACUCUUUUGACUCUUCGCCAGAAAACUGCACAGUUUCAGAAAACAGAGAUUCAGAAACAUUUACAGAUUCAGAUGAUACAAAAGACGUCACUGUGAAUUUCGUAACAACAAGAAGAAGGAACGAAAUGACGAAUGAUUCAUUUUUCUUUACUCUAGAUAAUUCUAUAAGCUGUAUUAAUAAUUUAGGUGUAGAUGAUGAGGCUACAAUAGCAGAUAAAAAGGAGCCGGAGGACACCGGUAAUGUAAUUAGUACAAUAAGUGAAAAAGACAAUACAAUUACUGAAACAUUGAGUUCCAAUGAUGAUGAACCUGGUGCAAGUAAUACAAUAACAAGAAGAACUAAAGUCCCACAAUCACCAAGAUCAUCUAUCACUGUGAGAAAGAGUAACAGACCAGACACUAGUUGUAGACCUUCAAUCACAACAAGACAAAGUAUAAGACUGACUAGCAAUAUGUCCCUUAAUACUAGUGAAAUAAAACAUCCUAUAGUUCUGCAACCAGGAAAAAAAUGGCAAAGGUCCUUAAGUAUUUAUAGAAGAAUGACGACAAUGGUAGACGGUACAGAUUAUUCAAUGCUUGAUAUUGAACCAUUGGAGAAUAAGGGAAGGAAAUAUAGGCAAAGUGUAAUAGCCACAAUUGAGUUGCAAGAUUUAAAUGCUUCACUUCACAAUGAAUCAAUUAAAAGUCGCAGAAGUACUUUUGUUUCAAAGCCCAUCAGGUCAACAAUUAAAUUAGAUUCUAAUGAAUCAAGAUCCAGCGUUUGUUCUUCGGCUGCCUUUGACGAUUCGAAAGGAUAUUUGUCCGAGGAUUGUGAUGAUACGGUUGUCGACUUAUCAAAGCUCUCGCUCGGUGACUCGGAGGACGAAGACGUCACUGUCUUAGACAAUUUUCAUGAAACGACAAGCCGUCCGAGUACUGCAAGUGCAGCGCGUGAUUACGUCCUACGACGCUGCAACCAGACAGAUGCGCUAUUGUUUGAUGAAUGCUAUCCAGAUACAGCUUUAAAGAACUGCCGCAAGAUCGGCGAGGGCGUAUACGGCGAGGUGUAUCUGUGGCGCGCGGGCGACGGGCGGGCGCGCGUGCUCAAGGUGAUACCGGUGGACGGGGACACCGUGGUCAACGGGGAGAAACAGAAGGACUAUGGCCAGAUUGUGUCCGAGAUUGUGAUUGCUAUGGAAUUGAGCGCUCUUGGCGCUCCGAUACCAGAUAUAGAGAGUCACUUAAAUGAAGGGAAGAACGUUGAAACUUUGGAUUUACAUUCUGUAGAGAAUGCAACUGAUGUCUUCAAUAAGGUUCUAGCCGCGCGUCUAGUAUACGGCCCGUACCCAGCCCGCCUGCUCGACCUGUGGGAGCUGUACGACGAGACCACCGGCUCGGAGAACGACAGCCCCGCUGCAUUGCCCCCACAACAACACUAUCUAGUGUUGGAGCUAGCCAACGCGGGACAAGAUCUAGAGGGAUAUCAGUUUAACAACGCCGAGCAAGCAUACGCGCUUUAUAAGCAGAUUGCGUUCGCGUUGGCCGUAGCGGAGGAGGGUCUGGAGUUUGAGCAUCGUGACCUGCACUGGGGCAACGUGCUCAUUGCGCCUACCGAUCAGAAGUACGUGACGUUCGUACUCCGCGGCCGCGCGCACCGCGUGCUCUCUUGCGGCGUGCGCGCCACCAUCAUCGACUACUCGUUGUCCCGUGCGCGCAUGCGCAGUACCGCCGCACCGCUGUACUGCGACCUCGCGGACGACGAGGCGCUGUUCGACGCGCUCGGCGACUAUCAGUUUGAGGUGUACCGACUCAUGCGGGAGAGGCUCGGUAACGAUUGGAAGAACUACGACCCGUUCACAAACAUUCUGUGGCUGCAUUACACUGCUGAUAAGAUGAUAACAGCCCUCCGAUACACACGCACCAACACCAAGAUACACAAGCACUAUAUUGCCAAGCUGAAGGACGUCAAAAACAGAAUACUGCAGUACGGGUCCGCCGCCGAAUUCGUCAUCACAGACAACGAAAUAUAAUUAUCUAUAAUAAAUAAUAAUAAAACUAUAAUUAAUGCUCUACGCAACAUACUCAACGAUACCAAACGCAAAAAAGUAUGAUCAUUUCAAACUAUUUGAAUUUGUAUUUGUAUUCGUCGUACCCAUAAUAAAUAACUCGUAUAUUUUUUAUACUUCAAUAUGGAUAUCCUUUGCGAUUGUUAUAAAUUUGAAUCUGAACAAUUUAAUUAUAAUGUAAAUAAUAGUGGUUUUGAUAAAUUCGUGAAUGUAGUGGACGCUAAAAGAAUUAUUUACAAUGUUGUUUCAUUAGUACAAUUUCAGCUGAAGGGUGCCUUUGGUGGCAAAGUGCCUUUCCAAUUGAAUAAAUUCAUAUAUUACAUUCUA